AGUUAUCCUUGAUGGGACAGUGAAUGGGUUCCACAUGGAUGUGGACUUCGUGUUAAAUGGAAGACCAGCCACUAUCAGCGGCUGGAAAACAUUCCUGAUGGAUGUUAGCAUUGUGGGCGACUUGAACGUUGAGCCACUCUCUCAUAUCCAGGGUGUAGAUGUGUCGGAGUUCGCAAAGUCAGUGCUGUUAAUUCGGCCAAAUGGCACGGUGUUCAUACCGGGAGUCACUACAUUCAGAGGUCUUAGGAUUCUGAAGCCCCUAAUUGUUGGCUCUACCGUGGACGGAGUGGAAGUGAGCCGGGACAACUUGCUAGUUAAGAGUGGAGAUCAGACAGUGCAUGGGGAUUUGACAAUAGUGUCUCCCCCCAACACCAUAGCUCUUGGUGCUAAAAUGGAUAUCUCUAUCCAAGAAAACUAUUUAAACAAUAUAGAUCUGGAAAGACUGGGUUCUUUGACAGUUCCCACGACAGGUGAAGUGAUCAUCACUGGAUCGGUUCUCUUCUUAAAUGAUGUGGCAAUGACUGAAAUAUUGCUGGUGAACGACCUUAUAAACGGCUACAACAUUACUGACCUAGCAUUGUGCCUUCUGGGUCACCACAUCGUGGAAAACAUGGGCAACAAACUGGAAGUUAUCUUAGAGAUAAUGCAAGAUAUAAAGGACGUGCUUGCAGGAGGGACAGAAGCUGUGUGGUAUUACGAGGAGCAAAAAUUACCAACACAAUUGUAUAAAUUGAUCCCAAUACAGUUGACGGGCGAGUUAGAUGUUAACACGUGGACUACACUGGUAGGCCUUGACAGGGCAGGUGGGCGCCUCCUAAUCUACAAUAUAACAAACUUAGUGCAACUGUAUCCUGCCAUUGAUGUGGUAAAGCCAGUCGCAGCAGUUGGUAUGGGGCAAGGCUUGGUAGCUGUUUGUGGAAUAGAGGGCAUGGCUGCUGCUGCUCCGCUGGACGCCGUCUUCACAUCAACAUACAAAAAGCUGAGUGUGGAAAAUGGUUCUGGUUUAGGCUACGGCCACAUUUACUGGUUUGGUGAAGAUGAGGUGAUGCUGGAGGCUGCAUUCCAGAUAAAGCAGUGUAGAGACCUCGUGAGCUUCAGGAUAGGCGAGCAAGUGUGUGUGGCAGUGUUAGACUACUCUACCAGCUCCUCAGUGUUGUGCAAGAUGCCUAGUGAAUCUUUACACUUAAUGACCUACUUGCCUACUGAGAGAGCAAUAAAGGGAGCCUGGCUAGUGCUGACAACUGGGACCUUCAUCAUCAUUGCUGAAGCUGGCACCACCACGCUACCCUCUCGUCUGAGGAUAUUCAAAUACAAGGACACAGAAGGCAGACUGACAAUGGUGCAAAGUUUGGCAUCAUCAGGGUUGACGUCAGUUUCAGUUUUCAAUGGUAAUUCGGAAGGUGUGAUUGCCAUCACGAGUAGACAAACAAUGUACACGACUGGCAAAGUGGUAUUACUUCGGGCUACACCUACUUCGACCUCACUCGCUCUCACUCGGCUGCAGACCCUCGAGGUGAAAGAUGCUGUAGACAGCAGCUUAGGGAUGAUGCCUACUGGAGAGGUGGCCCUCUACUUGCAAACAAAAUAUAGACUACUAAUUUAUCUACUAAAGGGAUCUUCUUUCAUCUUAGAGAGGGAGAUAAAGACAACUCCAGCCAUGUACCCGUUCUCCUUUCCGUUCCUGCACACAGCUUCCAACACACCAAUGGUGGCUUACACAGGCACGGGACUCCUGGACGAGUACGAUGACCUGCCCACACUUCAGCAGGCUACACCCACCUUAUACAAAUCUGUGUAUAGAUCCCAUACACCACUGUCUCGACAUGAACGCGCUUAGUUUUAAAAUCGAAAAUAUUUUCUAGUCUGUUUUAAGGACCUUCACGAUGUUCUUUCUUUGGUGUAACUACGUUCUUUAAAUAAAAUUUAGAAAGAAAUUAUUUGUAAACCUUAAGCUGUAAAUAAUUCUUAAAGCUUAACAACUCGAUGAUUAAAACUAGUAGAAUGUUAA